AUGAGCACUGCUCCCCACCCCUAUCAGCCUGCCCCGGCCCUCCGUUUUUCUUCACCGGCUGGAGCCCGCCAUUUGCUGCUUUCUCCCCAGAAGCUGGAGGAGGCGUGGAGACAUUCCAGUGGUCAUUUGGCUCGCUGGCCCAUCCCAUCCCUCAAAAUAAAUCAAUAUUUGGUUCUCUCUUGUGUCUCUCCUCCCACUCCAUAUCACUUUACAGCAUUCCACACUGCUUAUGACACCUUCAGCAAGGACUUCGAUGGCAACAUUGAUCUUUUAGCCCUAAGGACCACAGCCCAUAAUUUGGGAAUCAGCUUAACCGAGGAAGAAGCAAUUGAUGAGCUGGUGUAUGCCGACAUAGAUGGAGAUGGAAAGGUGAAUUUCACAGAUUUCCUUAACAUCAUCACAGACAGUAAGCGCUUCAUCCAGGCUGUAGCCCCCAAGAAAGGUGACAUGGAGACUGUUGAUGCCAGGGGGAUCUUGUUCUUUGAACUCUUAUCAAAGCUGGUGGAGACAUCGAUGCUGCCAAGGAAAACCACUGUGAAUAUUGUCAGCUACUACCGGCAGAAGUUUCUGGAGUCUACCGGCAAGAGAACCUGGCGCUCCGAUAGCAUUAAUGCGGAGAGCAAGGGGAAACGCUGCCCCAAGAAAGGGAGUCUGCAAAAAUCCAAGUCCACCACCAUGUCUGCCUUUGCUGGUGCUGCGCACAUCUGCGUCAUGAAUGAUAAGGAACUGGAGUCAUAUGUGGAACAGCUCCAAGCAACCAUCACUCCUUCAGACAGUCCCUAUGCUCAGGUGCCCAUCUUUCCCAUGAUCCCCAACAAUGAUGGCAUGAUGAAAGGAAAACCAAAGAAGGAUUUCCAUAAGCAGAGGAGGAUGCAACCCAUCUCGUCUUUUGAGGACCAUUUCUUCCAUAAGAAGAGGUGGCUAAAGCAGGAGCCUAAAUCCUCCAUCGCCCUCAAACCUUCCCUCGCUCUUACAGCAGAGCUGAAACAAAGGAGGAGGCAUUUGACUUUUGACAACCUGGAUGAGAUCCGAAGAGAAGUGAAGAAAGCAACAGAUUCCUACCGGAGGGCAAUUGCAGUCCGGGAGCGCAAUAAGUCACUGAAGCUGUGGCGGAGAGUGCGCGGUGGAGAGAUUGGACUAGAGACAGGGAACCCCAGCUUCUACCAGACCUUCUCCACAUACUCCUGGUCAUGGAAUAUCUGCCAGGAACUCUUGACACCCCGAGAACUCCAGGAGUAUGAUAACAAAUUCUAUCACAGCAUUUGCCGAUCAUCCACUCCUGCAGAUAAGCAGAUCAAUGCAGUUGGAAGGCAGAAACAAAGUAAAAAUUAACCCCAGAUGUUGCUGCUGCCCAUGAGAUGGCAUCUUCCUUUUCAUAUGGGGGCGUUCAUUGAACAGUCUUGGGCUGGUAUCCAGAUCAUACUUUCUGCAAUAGGAAGUACAAGGUUUCACCUUUGUACGCAGGCUAAUACAGUGUAAAAUUGCAGUAGAAAAGGCAAGUCUCUUUGUCAACUUUGAGUUUCCCCUGUUUUGAGUGUCACUUCAUUGAGGGAGGGGAAAUGAUUGAUUUUGAAUGUCAAAAACUAUUUUGUGAAUAGAAUCAAAAUAUUCUCUUUUGCAUUUGACAACUUUCUAUUCCCCAUAUUGUCCCUUCUAACACUCAAGAUACAUAAACUGAAUUUAAAAUGUUGGGGUUUCCACAUGUACCCCCACUAAUGUUUUCUUCUAUGACAAAGAGAAC